ACAUUAACCAACUGUUUAGCAACUCAGGCAUGACUUUGCAUUUUUCUUCUAAUCUCUCAUAGAAAUUUCUGGCCACUGGACACUGUGGGAGCAGCUUUUCCCUUAUUGGACUGUCUCCCCUUAAGUGGGAAGGGCUUAGUCAAAUGCAGUAAAGAGCUAUAAAACAUCCGGGACUCUUGAUGUGUUGUGAAACUUAGAGGGAGCAGCUUUCUAACAAGAGAACUCAAGCAAUUGCUGCCAUGCCGGGGAAGCCAGUCCUUCACUACUUCGAUGGCAGGGGGAGAAUGGAGCCCAUCCGGUGGCUCCUGGCUGCAGCUGGAGUAGAGUUUGAAGAACAAUUUCUGAAAACACGAGAUGACCUGGCCAGGCUAAGGAAUGAUGGGAGUUUGAUGUUCCAGCAAGUGCCCAUGGUGGAGAUUGAUGGGAUGAAGCUGGUGCAGACCAGAGCCAUUCUCAACUACAUUGCCACCAAAUACAACCUCUAUGGGAAGGACAUGAAGGAGAGAGCCCUCAUCGACAUGUAUGCAGAAGGAGUGGCGGAUCUGGAUGAAAUAGUUCUCCAUUACCCUUACAUUCCCCCUGGGGAGAAAGAGGCGAGUCUUGCCAAAAUCAAGGACAAAGCAAGGAACCGUUACUUUCCUGCCUUUGAAAAGGUGUUGAAGAGCCAUGGACAAGAUUAUCUCGUUGGCAACAGGCUGAGCAGGGCUGAUGUUUACCUAGUUCAAGUUCUCUACCAUGUGGAAGAGCUGGACCCCAGCGCUUUGGCCAACUUCCCUCUGCUGAAGGCCCUGAGAACCAGAGUCAGCAACCUUCCCACAGUGAAGAAGUUUCUUCAGCCUGGCAGCCAGAGGAAGCCGUUAGAGGAUGAGAAAUGUGUAGAAUCUGCAGUUAAGAUCUUCAGUUAAUUCAGUCAGCUAUGGAUACAUUGUACUCACAAAGCCAGCCUUCGAAAGCUUUGCAACAAUUGCGCAUUUUGACUAAAUGUUGACCCUACUUAUUGGGAGGCCAACACGUUUUCUAAUGCUUCUGUGUUAAUUCAUAUAGACAUGACUCAUGAGGAAUUGCUGGGAUGCUAUUUGGUUGUAGUUAAAAUUUGAAAUCAUGAUCACUUCCUCGGAUAUUACUUUGAAUCUCAAUAAAAACUUCGCAAGCUUCUUAGA